AAACUGGAGAAAUCACGAUUACAAUUAUUGGCCAGCAUGACGGAGAAUAAACGACGCAUGCAAAUGCUGGAGGAGAAUCUGCUCUUUCGACUCGCCAACUCAAAGACCUCUCUCGUCGACGAUCUUGACCUGCUGGAGGUGUUGAAGAAUACCAAACAGACCUCUCAGGCAGUUACCUACCAGCUAAACCAGGCCGCGGAGACUGAGGCCGAGAUCAACGCGGCUCGGGAAGAGUACAGGCCCGUAGCAGUUCGUGGUUCAUUGAUGUACUUUCUAAUCUCAGAACUAUCCAAUGUGAACCACAUGUAUCAGACAGGACUGCGCCAGUUUCUAAGGCUUUUUGACGAAUCUCUCCUUCGCUCCGAACGUUCGCCGUUGGCGUACCGACGCAUUAAAAAGAUCAUCAUCUACAUGACCUACAAUAUUUGGAGUUUCAUUGUACGCAGCCUCUUCAAAGUGGACCGCAUCAUGUUCACUCUGCUGCUCAGCAUCAGAAUCGGUUUGCAGAGUCAACAGAUUCGCAACGAAGAAUAUGAGCUGUUCAUCAAAGCCGGCUCCAAUCUCAGUCUGAUCAAUUGUCCUCCCAAGCCGGCCAAGUGGAUCUCUGACACGGCCUGGCUCAAUAUUGUGUCUUUAUCGAAGCUACACAAUUUCUCUGGCAUUGUUGAGCAGGUGAGAGACUUGGGCCAUGUUUGCUAUCUGCUCGCACGCAAUGCCUAUUAUGCUAUGAAUUGUGGUGUUAUAAAUAUUAAUUGCAUGUAUCACAAUCAGCGACACGCUGUUAUCUUGAUAUUUGCUUGUCCUGCUCCCUUUCAGGUGAUCCAAGCCGAGCGAGCCUGGCAUUCCUGGUUCGAGAAGGAGGCGCCUGAGGAGGAGGUGCUGCCCUGCGGUUACGAGGGCAGUCUGAGACCGUUUUGCAGACUCCUCUUGAUCCGCUGCUGGUGCCUGGAUCGAGUCAUCCCUCAGGCCAAGCACUUCAUCGCCACCACUUUGGGCGAGACGUUUGCCGACGACCUGCUUCUGACGAUGGACAAGUGA